AUGGAAGUGGAGAACCAGACCCAGGUCACCAAGUUCAUUCUGGUGGGGUUCCCUGGGAACUGGGGCAUGCGGGUAGCAGUGUUCCUGAUGUUCCUCAUGGCCUAUAUUCUGACAGUGGCCGAAAAUGUGGUCAUUAUCCUGCUGGUGCAGCAAAACCGGCCACUGCACAAACCUAUGUACUUCUUCCUGGCCAACCUGUCUUUUUUGGAGACCUGGUACAUCUCUGUGACUGUGCCUAAGUUGCUAUUUAGUUUCUCGUCUGUGAGCAACAGUAUCUCCUUCACUCACUGCAUGAUACAACUUUACUUCUUCAUUGCCCUCAUGUGCACAGAAUGUGUGCUCCUGGCUGCCAUGGCCUAUGACCGUUAUGUGGCCAUCUGCCGUCCACUCCACUACCCCACCAUUAUGAGCCACGGGCUUCGCUUCCACUUGUCUCUUGGCUCCUGGGCCAUUGGCUUUGGCAUCUCCUUGGGUAAGAUUUACUUUAUCUCUCGCCUCAGCUUCUGUGGCCCCAAUGUCAUCAAUCACUUCUUCUGUGAUAUCUCCCCAGUACCUAACCUCUCCUGCACAGACGUGUCUGUAGCUGAGCUGGUGGACUUCAUCCUGGCGCUGGUCAUCUUUCUCUUGCCCCUCGCUAUCACUGUCCUGUCCUGUGGAUGCAUCCUGGCCACCAUUCUGCACAUGCCCACCGGAAAGCAGAAAGCAUUCUCUACGUGUGCCUCCCACCUUGUGGUGGUCACCAUCUUUUAUUCAGCCACGAUUUUCAUGUAUGCCAGACUCCGAGCCAUCCAUGCCUUCAAUAUGAACAAAGUGAUUUCCAUCUUCUAUGCUAUUGUCACCCCUGCUCUCAGCCCUUUCAUUUAUUGCCUAAGGAACAGAGAGGUCAAAGAGGCUCUGAAGAAACUGGCCUAUUGCCAAGCUGUCCAAUCGGACUAG